CUUCAAGUAAAUCAGGACUACUGUACGUCCUACCGACACCGCCGCCUUGACUAAGGCUGCGAGACUAAGGCUGCGAGACUAAGGCUGCAACCAGCAUGAACGUUCCUGGGUUCCGAUGGAUCCUCAUUGGAUGCAUAGGGGUGCUUGUGCUGUUCCAGUCCGUCGACGUGUUCAUGGCGUACAGAGCUGCGUUGUCGUCUUCGCCGCCGAGACACGCGUUUCAACCACUUCUGGACGAUGUACAAGACAACGACCUACUGCACAUGAACAAGCUCAUGACAGACUGUCUCGCGCAAUCAGAAACGAUCCUCUCUGGGCGGUACAUGCAAUCUCCCCUUUUGCGCGAAUCCAUCUCGGACGACAUCCUCGCUGAAGUCAUGCGGUGUCCCGAAGCCGAGGUCUUCCUUCCAAUCGGCAUCCGAUCCUAUGGGUACUGCGAAGACGCCAUGGCGUACGUCAAGUUCCUAGAGACCCGUGCGAUGCCCAUGUGGGUCUACGAAAUCGACUUCCACAUCGACGGCAAGACGUACUCGUACCACGACCUGUGUCCGCACACUGCCGUGAUCCUCAUGAACCACUACUGGGACGGCCUUCCCGAUCGCCAUGACUUUCCAUCGACCAAGAAGCUCAUCCUCAUGCCUAACGUCGAAAUGUACGAGCUCCAAGCCUCCCACUACCACCGCGUCGACUACGUUUUGGCCAAAACCAAAGACGCGUACCAGCGUAUCACACAAUGGUAUGACCGCGACGACAACAACCGCCGCAACACGUCCGUGUACUACACGUCGCACACGACAAGCGACCCCACGGUGCUCGCAAAGGAAGCCGCAAAAGCCGACCCUGUCACAUAUUCUGCUGCCCCGCGCAACUGGGAGAACCUGACCUUCUUCCACGCCAACGGCCACAGCACGCUCAAGAACACGAUCGAACUAUUAGAUUGCUGGAGCUCUCGGCCAGACUUUCCGCCGAUUUCCAUCUACUCGAGCGACGGCGGGUCCAACGACACGUAUUGGCGGCACCUUCGCGACGGGCGUCCCAUGCUAAAUGUCCAGUACCACAGCGGAGUGUUUGUCACUCCCCCCAUGUACGGCAAGAUGAUGCUUGAAACGUCCGCCAUCGUCUGCCCUAGCAUCUCGGAAGGGUACGGUUCUCGAUUAGUACUUCUACUACUAGUACUACUUCUACUAGCAUCCCGCGUCCUACUUCUACUAGUAGUACUAGUAUUACUACAGUCGAUAGGAUGACUAGUAGUACGAUUCCUACUCUACCAUGAUGAAUAGUACGACUACGAUGUACUAUAUGUACAGCCUAAUACCAAACAACGUGGGGUAGGUUUGGCCACUAUAUCAACCAGGCGCGGGCGGCGGGGGCGCUGGUGCUCACGACGGAUGGCGCGCCCAUGAACGAAUUUAUUGACGAGGCUUCGGGGGCGCUCAUCACGGGCGUGUGGGCGCGGUGGACUGGCGAUAAGGUGCUGAUGGGGCCUGGGACAGAGUUCAACGUCGAGCACGAGCUCAUCUGUGACACUGUGGACCGCGUGCUGGCGCUGACGCCGGCGGAGCGAUCGACGCGAGCGGCCAACGGCCAGACGCGGUACCACGAGCAGCAAGCGUACUUUAAAGCUGCGAUGGCCAAGUUUAGGCGGCUGCUACGUCGGGAGCUGACUCCUGGUCGAAACGCCACGGCCUAGCGUUAUUUAUCUUGAGAUUAGUGUCGACUUUGGAAGGAACGAGAGGGUAUUAUAUGUAUAUUGAAGCUCAAAAGACCAA